AUGGGUUCACUUGACGAAAAAUCCGAUGAGAAACCCUUUCUACCAGCUCCAGCAACGUCGGCAUCCGCAUAUGCUCACCGCCAAAAACAACAUUCAGCAACUGUCAUUCUACUAGUGGUCGCGUUUUACUGGCUUGCUUCACUAGCAGUAGUAUUUUUAAAUAAAUAUAUUCUAAGUAGUUCGGAGUAUAAAUUUCCAUAUCCAUUAUUUGUAACAUGGUUUCAACUCUUUGUCGCAUUGAUUAUCCUAUUGGUUUGGGGAACUUUAGGACAAAGUCCCAUUGACGUUUAUGUACGUUAUGAUGUUGUCUUUCAACAACUUAUGCUUACAAUAUGUAGAGGUUACAUUCUAUCAGCUAAAACUUCAUUUGCCGCUUUAAUUUGUUGUGGUGUUGUCUUCCUUGGAUUCGUUAUUGGUUCCUACGGGGAAAUUAACUUUUCUUGGGAAGGAAUCAUUUAUGGCGUCGCUUCCAGCGCAUUCGUUGCAUUGUAUGGAAUUUAUGUUAAAAAGACCCUUAGCGCAGUAGACAAUAACCAAUGGCGACUUCUCCAUUAUAACACAACUUUAUCAAUAUUUUUCCUUUUCCCAUUAGUACUCUUUUCCGGUGAAUUACAAGGCAUUGUCAACGUGUAUUUCUUGGAUGAUUGGGGAUUUUGGACAUUGAUGACUAUCACCGGUAUCACCGGUUUCGUCAUCAAUAUUGCAAUGUUCUUGCAAAUUAAAUUCACAACACCUUUAACCAACACAAUUUCAGGAACUGCAAAGAGUUGUUUCCAAACUGCUUUGGCAGCUUGGUAUUUCCAAAAUCCAAUUUCACCUUUGAACGGAACUGGUAUAUUUCUCGCUUUAUUCGGUUCAGGUUUAUAUUCUUGGGUACGAUACAAGGAAAUGCUUCGAAAAUAA